UUUUUUCUGUCUUUAACAGGUAACUGAAAUAUGGAAAACCCAGACUUAAGUUUAUACAAAUAUAAAGGAUAUUAUUUUGGUCGGUUAGAACUUCGUAUUGGUUUAUUAGAAAAUUUAGAGGAUUUUGAAAUUAGAGAAGAUGAUGUCUUCGUAAUCACAUACCCCAAAUCUGGAACCGUCUGGUUUCAGCAGAUAUUAAGCUUGAUUUAUUUUGAAGAACAUCGCAAAAGGGCUGGGAGUCUGGACACCAAUGACCAAGUCCCCUUCCUCGAGUACAGCAUUAAACACGAAGAUAUUGUCAAAAGACCAUCUCCUCGUCUCUUUGCUACCCACCUCCCGUAUUACUUGUUUCCAAGUGGGAUGAAGAACAAAAAACCCAAGAUUAUUUACGUAUACAGAAACCCUAAGGACGUUGUGUGCUCAUAUUAUUACUUUUUCAAGAAUGUGAAAUUACAAGUUACAGGUUCCUUUGAGAAAUUUUUUGAACAAUUUCUAGAAGGAAAAGUGGUAGGAAGCCUUUGGUUUGACCACAUCAAAGGUUGGUAUGAGCACAAAAGCCUCUGCAACAUUCAGUUCAUGAUGUAUGAGGAGAUGAAGAAGGAUCUCAGAGGUUCUAUAGUAAAAGUCUGCAAAUUUCUGGGGAAGGAAUUAAGUGAUGAGGACAUGGAUGCUGUGGUGACACAGGCCAUGUUUGACAACAUGAAGUCUGAUCCAAGAGCAAAUUAUGACAGUUUAAUGGAGCUUGAUGGGAUACCAAGAAACGGCCAUUUCCUUCGCAAAGGUACCAUUGGAGACUGGAAAAAUCACAUGACCGUUGAGCAGAAUGAAAGGUUUGACAAGAUUUUCCAAAGGGAGAUGAAAGAUUUUCCCCUGAAGUUCAUCUGGGAUAUGAAUGAAGAAUUGAAUUCUAAGUAAUGCACAACUAUUUUAAGAAAGCAUUUUCAGAAGGAAAUACAUUGAAUCGUACAUUUUCAUCUUUGACUGUCAUUGGCUCAUUAUUGAAAAACCUCAGUGAUUUAUAAGCAUGAAUAUGUGCCUGCACAUCAUUUGCGGUCUAGGGCCUGUUUUCCAUUUGCUGGGAUUCCUUAGUUUCUGAUCAGGAGAGGAUUCUACCUUUUGUUUUUGCAUAUAAUUAUGAAAUCAAUUUUAUUUUACAUUCAGAAAUUCCAAAGUUCUUGUGGAACAAAGAGAUCAUAACAUGGGAUCAAUUUGGCAUCUUAAAAUAGAAACCUUGUCAUGUAUAAAAAUACUACAUAUAAUCUUUCUUCGUAUUGAAGGUCUAACUUUUUAAGUAAUCAAAUGUGUCAACCUUUCACUUUAUGGCUUCUAGGUCUUGCAUCGAACUUAGAGUGUUGCUGUCACAAGAAUUUUCAUGUAUUCAUAAUGCCGAUCUUUAUUUAAACUGAAUAUCCAUCAUUUGCUGUAUAAGAACUAUUUUUCCUAAAGAUAACCAAUUGUCCCAAGAUUCUUUACUGAAUAGCUAUCAAUUUUCCUACAGAUCAAAAUAGAUAUUUUCUUGUUUUAAAAAAUUAUACCUACAUAUGUACAUGUAAAUGACAUGUAAAAUGACAUAUUUUUCUGCUCGUAUACUUUCUUGUAAACAUAUCCAUGCCAUAAUUUCUUAUGUAAUUUAAUAAACUGUCUUGAUGAGUUGUGUUGGAA